CACCACUAGCCGUUUCGGAGGCGAUGGCAGCAUCGUGUUGAGAGUGACCGGCGACCCGUCGAGGGUGGGCAGUGAUGAAUUUCUCGCCCGAGGUUGAGGCUGCCUCUUUGGAGGCUGCCGCAGCCAUGCAAGCCCUGAUGUCGCCAACACUGCCACCUGCCGAGAGACAGCGGAUCUACGAGUUAUGCGAGCGCCUAAAGGAGUCGCCAUUGGCGCUACAGUGCGGCGUGUAUCUGUCCGCCUCGGAGAGACCCGAUCUUGUGCGGUAUAUGGGGCUGCAGCUCCUGGAAACCACUAUAACUUUCCACUGGAAUGAACUUCCUGUUCAGGACAAAGUAUUUCUCAAGGACUACUGCCUGCAGCUGAUGACGUCUGUGACGGCCGCGGCGCCGGCCCACAUGCGCGACGCCCUCUGCCGGCCGCUGGUGGAGAUGGUGAAGCGCGAGUGGCCGCAGCAGUACGCCGAGUUUGUGCCGGACAUGAGCCGGCUGGCGGCGCGCGGCCCGCUCCACACCGAGCUCGUGCUGCGCGUCUUCCUGCGCCUGGCCGAGGACGUGGCCACGUUCCAGACGCUGGAGGCGCCGACGCGGCGGCGCGACAUCUACCGCGGCCUGGUGGCCAGCAUGGACGCCGUGUUCGGCCUGCUGACGGGCACGCUGACCUCGUGCGCGGCCGCACCCGACGGCGGGGACGAGGCGCUGGCCCAGGUCUGCCUCGCCACGCUCGCCUGCUACCUGGAGUGGGCGGCCGUGCAGCACGUGAUGGGCGACGCGCUGCUGCUGCUGCUGCUGCCGCUGCUGCGCCGGCCCCGCCUGCAGCAGACGGCUGCCGAGUGCCUGACUGUGCUGUUCAGCCGGCACGGUCGGGCCGAGGACCGCGAGCCGCUGCUGGUUGUGUUCCGGCCCAGCGUGGUGGCCCUGCUGGACGAGCAGCGGCGCACCGCCGACCCGGAGGUGCUGUCGCUGCUCGUCUCGCUGCUCUCGACGCUGUCCGCGCUGCUGGCCGAGCCGGGUCGUCUGGGUGCGCAGGAAGGCGUCACGCUGGCCGAGCUGCUGGUUGUGCUGCACAACCUUGAACACCUCUCCGACCAUCGGAUGCGCGUGCAGGUGAGAGCCGGCGACUUUAUCACGGGCAGCGUGCUGCACAACCUCGAACACCUUUCCAACCAUCGGAUGCGCGUGCAGGUAAGAGCCGGCGACUUUAUCACGGGCAGUGUGCUGCACAACCGUGAACACCUCUCCGACCAUCGGAUGCGCGUGCAGCUGCGCGGCCUCUGGCGGACCCUGAUCGGCCGGUGUCCGGCGGAGCUGCACGGCCCGCUGCUGCACCCGCUGCUGGCCUCGCUGAUGACCCACCUGGCAGAGCGGCUGGACGUGCGCUGGACACAGCUGCAGCGGCUCGAGCUUGACGCGCAGACGGAGAGUGAGCGGGACGACGACGAAGACACAGAGGCGGUGGUGGCUGAGCAGCUGCUGCGCCAGCUGACUCGGGAGACGGUGCAGCUGGCUGCCGUCCUGCUGACCUCGGCCGCCGGCGUCGCGUCGGCCGUCGAAGACGACGCCAUGGAGGAGGGCGUGCUGCCGGCGGUGCAGCAGCCAACCAAGACGGCUGUGACGGCGCAGGGUCUGGCGGCACUGCGCAACCCCAGUCUGGCCCGGCCGCUGCUCACCAUCGUCUUCAGGGCGAUCGGCUGGGGCGACUCGGUGGCCGCGCUGAAGGCCACGGAGCUGUCGCCGCUGGUGGUGCGCGCUCUGGUGGAGGCCCAGCUGGUGGACGAUGGCGCCGCCAGCCAGCUGCUGUACUGGCUGCUGCACGGUCUGGAGGUGCAGGGACACCACCAGGCCAACCUCACCAGCCUGGUGUCGGCCAUCACGGCCGCCUACGUGUGCCUGCGGCCGGGCCACGCCUCCGCCGUGGACCAGGUGAUUAGUCAAAUACCAGAGGUGAACGCCGAAAUGGUUGAAAAGCUACAAGAAAAGGUUUUCAAUAUCCCGAAGAUCUCAAAAAGUGAUAAACUCAAGAAAGAAGAGAUCAGGAGGCUAAUCAAGCCGCUGGUCAGUCGCAGCAUGAGCCAGCUGUUCCAGAAGAAGGCCUCGAUCCGUGACCUGGUGCCGAUGGGUCGAGAGACGCGGCCACCACGGCUGCCCCAGCCCGACGUCGUAUCGCUGGCCGACUUGUUCGGCGACGCGUGAGCCACCGGCCCGUGCCUGGCGCGCGGCAUCAGUCGCGUCAGCCCGGCACCGAGGCGACGCCUGAUGGCGGCGCGGCCAGGUCGUCCCGCUGAUGCGGCUCCAGCGGCGGCUCCCGGCAGACGCAGCGGAAGCAGGGGCAAAAUCCGCAGAGUCGUUGCCCUCGUGCGGCCCGACCUCAGGGCGUAGAGGGCGCCAGGCUGCGAGACGUCACGCGCUGCCCCACCCACCGAGUCCUGCGCCGCGUGCCGAUGUUCUGGGAGGCGCAGCUGGGCGGCUGCCGGCUCGCUCCGGCGGGCCCCGUCGCGCGCUGCCCCACCCACCGAGUCCUGAGCCGCGCGCCGAUGUUCUGGGAGGCGCAGCUGGGCGGCUGCCGGCCCGCUCCGGCGGGCCCUGUCGCGCGCUGCCCCACCCACCGAGUCGUGAGCCGCGUGCCGAUGUUCUGGGA